GAGGUUCUCAGUUGCUCUUUUAAGUUUGGACAAUGCUCUGGCAAUGACUCCUUGGAUUGUGAACUGAUACUCUUGAACAAAUCCUAGAAUCCAUCAAAUCUGUAGGGUGAAAAGCUCUGUUUACGAGCUGCUCUAGGGAAUUGAGUUCACGAACCAUGUUGGUCCUUCACAGGUUCUCACCGAUUCUCUGCAUUUUAUUUCUCUUCCACGUCUUUUCUAGUGAUUUAGUACAGGGAAGAGUUCAUCACCAUUCAAAGCACAGGAAUUCUUAUGUUGAAGCCUCCAUUUUUGAACCACAAUCACCAUCACCUUCACCUUCACCAUCACCGUCAAUGUCACCUUCACCUUCACCUUCACCAGUUAACUCAAGCUCUUAUAACUCUUCCUCACCUUCACCCUCACCCUCACCUUCACCUUCACCUUCACCUGUUAAAUCAAGCCCUUAUAACUCUUCCUUACAUUCUCCAACACCUUCGCCUUCACCAGUUAACUCAAGCUCUUAUAGCUUUUCACCUUCACCUUCACCUUCACCUUCACCUUCACCAGCAAACUCAGGCUCUUAUAACUCUUCCUCCUCUCUGGAUGUAUUUGAUGUGAGAUAUUUUGGAGCUAAGGGUGAUGCCAUAACUGACGAUACAGAGGCAUUAAAAAAAGCAUGGGCAGCAGCAUGCCUAGUAGAAAUGGCUAUUCUUCUUGCUCCAGCAGGCUUUACCUUCAUGAUACAAUCCACAAUUUUUGCAGGCCCUUGUCAACCUGGACUGAUUUUUCAGGUGGAUGGCACACUGAUGGCACCAGAUGGCCCGGAUUCCUGGCCAAAGAACAAUAGUAGGCGGCAAUGGCUAGUUUUCUUCAGAGCUGAUGGCUUGAGCCUCAAAGGAGGUGGACUUAUUGAAGGAAAGGGAGAAAAAUGGUGGAACCUCCCUUGCAAACCUCACAGAGGCGUAAAUGGAUCGACAUUACCGGGGCCUUGUGAUAGUCCUGUUGCAAUACGGUUCUUCAAGAGCUCAAAUCUCACAAUGAAAGGUCUUAAACUUCAGAACAGCCCCCAAUUUCAUAUCAUAUUUGACAGCUGCCGAGAAGUCUUUGUGGACUCUAUUUUCAUAACUACUCCUGCAUUAAGUCCCAACACGGAUGGCAUUCAUUUAGAGAAUACAGAAUCUGUUAGAAUUUACAAUUCCAUCAUCUUCAAUGGUGAUGAUUGCAUAUCAAUCGGAGCAGGGUGCAUGAAUGUUGAUAUACAAAAUGUAACUUGUGGACAUAGCCAUGGCAUCAGCAUAGGAAGCCUAGGCAACCAUAACUCACAUGCCUGCAUAUCGGAUGUUAGAGUACGCAACACAGUCAUAAGGAAUUCAGACAAUGGAGUUAGAAUCAAGACAUGGCAAGGUGGCGCUGGAUUAGUAACCGGGGUGAGCUUCAAAGACAUUUGCAUGGACAAUGUGAGGAACCCCAUAAUCAUAGACCAAUACUACUGCCUCUCCAAAGAUUGCAGGAACCAGACCUCGGCUGUGGCGAUUUCCGGAAUUUCUUACUCCAGAAUUCAGGGGACCUAUGAUAUUAGAAGCCCUGCUGUUCACUUAGCAUGCAGUGAUACAGUGCCUUGUGCAAACAUCUCUCUAGCUGAGAUUGAGUUGAUUCCUUUCAAAGGAGAGAGAAUUGCUGCUCCCUUUUGUUGGAAUGCAUUUGGGGGAUCCCAAACACUAACUACUCCACCUGUUUUUUGCUUGCAAGAGGGGGUCCCCAAGGCCAUAGCUGAGACCACAGAUGAUUAUUGUUGAUUCCAUUAGAGAUACCACUGUGUAUAAAAAAAGAAAUUAGGGGAGCCUUGAUCAUGGUA